AUGGAGGCAUUCGUUCAGAUUCCAGUUAAUUCCUCUUUCUUCCAACAGAAUGUGAAGCUUAACUUGCGUCAAAAGUCUCUUGGCGCUCCUCGUGCGCGAGUGGCGCGUUCUGUGACGCUGCGCAUGCGCUCAUGGGGCGUGCGCCCGGGCGGGGUGGAGAAAUUCGCAGACGAGCUGGUGGAGACUGCAAACAAGAUAGCAUCGCCUGGUCGUGGUAUUCUUGCAGUGGACGAGAGCACGAAAACCAUCGGAAAGCGCUUGGCAACGAUUGGUGUGGAGAACACGGAGACGCACCGGCGUGGGUACCGCGAGCUCCUCUUCACGUGCCAGGGGCUCGGUGAGUACAUCAGCGGUGCUAUCCUGUACGAAGAGACAUUGUAUCAGAGCACUCGGGAUGGUCGUCCAUUUGUGGACUGCCUGCGGAACAUUGGCGUGAUUCCAGGCAUCAAGGUGGACAAGGGUUUGGCGCCGCUCCAUGGCGCAGCGCUCGCGCACGAGACCUGGUGCACCGGCCUGGACGGGUUGUCGGAGCGAGCAGCCGCGUAUUACGCUCAGGGUGCGCGCUUUGCCAAAUGGCGUGCGGUUAUCCAGAUUGCACCAGGCGGUCCGACUCGCCAGGCAAUUUUCGAGAACUGCUACGGUCUCGCGCGGUACGCCCGAACUGUGCAGGAUCAGGGCCUGGUGCCGAUCAUCGAGCCCGAGGUUCUGCUGGAUGGCGACCACACCAUCGAGAGGUGUGCUGAGGUCCAGGAGGAGGUCUACUCCAUUCUUUAUAACUUGUGCCAACAACAGGGAGUCUUCCUGGAGGGCUCGCUUCUCAAACCAUCCAUGACGCUCCCUGGUGCCGAUAGCAAGCAGCAGGUCAAGCCGGAUGUGAUUGCUGAGAUGACGGUUCGCACGCUGGAGCGGACGAUCCCUGCAGCGGUGCCUGGUAUCAUGUUCUUGUCUGGUGGCAUGACGGAGGAAGAGGCCACGAUCAACCUGAACGCCCUGAACAGCCGUCCACGCAAGGGACCGUGGGCGCUGUCCUUCUCAUAUGGGCGCGCGCUGCAGCAGUCGUGCCUCAAAUCGUGGAUGGGUAAGGAUGAGAAUGUGCGGGCGGCUCAGGAGGCGCUUCUUGCACGGGCGCGAGCCAACAGCAAGGCGAGUCUGGGCAAAUACGUUCCGGGUUCAGAGCCGACACUGGAUGUAACUGGUACGUUUGAGGCUGGCUACAAAUACUAA